AUGAAACAAGAUGAGGAUAAACUAUCCUACAUAGAUGACUUUCAAGAAAUACUACAAUCUGAAGUUUAUGUUGAUUUAGAAAGAUUGAGAAUAUUAGCAAAACAUGGUAUACCAAACCAAUUGCGCAGUGAAGUAUGGAAAUACCUGUUAGGUGUACAACAAGCGGAUAGAUCUAAAGAACUGAGCUCAUGUAAAGCAAGAAGGGAAGAAUAUGAACAGAUGGAUAAAGAGGAUAUUGAAAUAGCCAAGAGAAUAAGAGGAGAAGUAUUGAGAUAUCAAAGAAGAGUUCCUGAUAUCCUUCAAGAAAAGGAAUAUGUCAACUCAUUUGUCAAUAUCAUCUUGGCUUAUUUGAAUAGCAACCGUGAUGUAGAGUAUAGCCCGAGUCUAGUCUCACUUUGUGCUCCCUUCAUCUAUGUGAUGGAUACUGAAUGUGAUGCUUAUUUUUGCUUUGAGAGACUGAUGCAAGCACUUGAGGAUUACAAUGCGAGCUUUAGUCUAAAAGAACAAGUGGCCUAUUUUAUGACUCUUUUCAGAUGUAGCCUGCCCGAAUUAUGUAACUACUUUGAAGAUGAAGAAGUCGAUAUUCAUGAAUGGUCUACCUCCUGGUUACAGAACCUGCUGUCAAAAGAAAUGCGAUUUGAUAACUUGGUUCGAUUAUGGGAUUGUUACUUUGCAAUGUCUGAUCCUUUUGCGUUUCAUCCCUUUGUCUGUCUUUCUAUUCUGCUAAGUGUGAAAGAAGCAGUAGAAGACUUGGAACAAUCUGAAAUUAGAACCAUGCUGCAUCGACUGCCGUUACUGAACAUGGAUAUGGUAAUUAUAUGUCCUUAUCAUGAUUUAUACUUAUGA